ACCUCAUCGGCAAGAUGGCUGCCACGGGCUCAUUCAGACAAGAAAUGCCACCGCAAGGUGGCUACAAACCUGUAGAUUGGAAGCAGCGAAUACCAAGAGCAUUGUCUGGUGGACGUAUCAUGCUUGGAGGUUCUCUUAUCUGGGGAUUUUUUAUAGCAAAGAAGAAAUUGGUUGAGAGAAGAUAUAUAUUAGACAAAAGAGAAUUGAUGGAUUCUAGGGUUGCCAUUGCACCAUUUCUUCUUGCUGAGCAACAAAGACAAGAAAUGACAAGAUUCAGAGAAAACCGUGACUAUGAGAAUGAACUAAUGAAGGAUGUCGAUGGCUGGGUAACAGGAACGCUGUUCGGAGAGAAGGUGUAUGUGGAUGACGAACGGUGCUAUUUUCCAGGAGGACAGGAGUUCUAUGCUCAUAAUCAUUGGAUGUUCUAUUACAACAAUUAUUACAAAAGAUUGUCACGAUUUUAGAUCAAUAAAUUAUAAGUUAUAGUGUAGUGAUCAGUUUAACAUUGUAACAUAAUGAAACUCCCUGUAAUGUGGAAAAAGAAACUUUUUGAUGUUUGCUAUUUGAAUAAAUAUUGAACGAAA